GAAGAAGAAGAAGAAGAAUGCAACGUCAAGGAUUACAACUGUCGUAAAACCUUAAAAAAGGAAGGAAAUGAGUCUGAAUGAGGCGGGAAAUCUGAAAGAGAAAGUGAUGAUUUCCGCCCUGAAAUGUUCAGAUGAUAAAAAAAGUUUAGAUCAUCUUCAGAGAGGCAGACUGCGGUUUGCUCUGUAGAGGAGAGGAUCUGGCACUACUGAGGAUCGUUUCUGACCGGACUAAAUCGGGAUGAGGAGUUCCUCCUCCCUUCUCUCUGCUUCCCCUGCUCCUCACCCUGCCCCCCUCCCCCUCUCCCCCUCAUCCUCCUCUCUGACUCACUGUCCUGAACUUGACCUGUCCGUCACACUCAGCCCUGUCCCCAAGACUGGCCACACACACCUGAAGCCCCACCCACUGAAGAAGAGUCAGCUGAGUGACCAAUCACAGCUGAAGCCCCGCCCCCGAGGACAGACAGGAAGAAAGGGGAACACACAGGUGUGUUUUGAAGAGCCGGUGAUUGUCACGGUAACACCGGAGCCUCACAUCACACUGAAUAGAGACCCCCUGCCUCAGCAGCCAAUCAGAGGUCAGGGGAAGAGCAGAGGUCGUCACCAUGCUGGUGGAGCCCCCAGACAGUGGGUGGAGCCUCCUGAUGCAGCAUCCAAUCAAGAUCCAGGCUGUCUGGAGUGGGCGGAGUUAAACACCACUCUGGCUCUGAAGGCGGAGCUUCAGUCACUGCAGGGGGCGGAGUUUAACUCCCAGAAGGCCAUUCAGGAGACUCUACAGAUCAGAGAGACCAAAAACCUGAUCAACACCAGAGCUAGUGAAGUAGUGAAUGUCUCUCGCUCUCAGCUUCUCUUCACCUCAUUGGUCAGCGUUGACAUGCAGGAGGAUCAGCUGAUCAGCCAGUUGCUGCAGGAUAGGCUGCUGCUGGCCCCGCUCCCACGCUGCCAUGGCAGCAAGGCAGCAGAUGGCCCCUCCAUCCUCCUCUUCAUGACCUCUGACCUUGUCAGACAGAAGCCACUCCCACCAGAGGAGGAGCCUGUUAACCACAAGCCCCGCCCAUCUACACACCCUGCCUACUCGACCUUUGACUUCUACAGACGACAGAGACGCUGGGAGGCCACGCCCUGACACACAUGCAGUAGACCUCUGAUUGGCUGGAGGCAGUGAGGCGCUUAUUAGUCAGACUUUGUGAUGUCGUUGAACAAUAAUUAUCUAAUCAAUUUAUAAAUUAUUAAUGUAAACUGAAAUCUGUUUUUAUUCCUGCAAAAAGCAAAAAAAAGAAGUUUUCCAAUAAAGUCUUUUCAGACGCUUUCA